GUUAUUGAUAUCUGUAUGUAAAUCAAAAUGGCGUUGCGAGUUCCAACUCGUUUAUUCUCGUUUGUAGGCGCUUUGAGACGCUCUCAAACCGAACUGGAUCCCGUACAGAGACUGUUUGCUGACAAGGUGAAAGAAUACCAAGAGAAAUCGCGGAAGAAUCCUGGCAAAUUGGUGGACGUUACACCAGAGUUUGAGGCGCACAUUACCGGCGAGAAGGAGCGACUAAAGAGGAUCUACGGAGGUGGAGACAUGUCUCAGUUUCCUAAAUUCGACUUCAAGAAGUCGUGAACGUGUUAGAUAGUCUAGACUAGAGAGAGAACAGACAAGACGUUGCAGAUUGUUUUCACACAUUUGUGUGUGUGGGUGUGAUAUCAUUUUGUAAUGGCAACUGUGUCUAUGUGUCGUUCUCCACAAGCAAUUCCUAACGUGUAGUAACACUGUUAUUGAUGUACAAUACUCAAACUAAACUACUGUGAGUACACUGUGAUAUGGCAAUGAUUCGUUGCAUUAGAAAUCCUUCAGUCUUGUCAAAUCCAUGUGAAAUAUCAUGCUG